GUUUUUUUGCCCGCGCGCGGCUCCAACCGACCAGCACAGCCUUUCAUAUUGCUCGGAGAGUCGCCUACUACUGGGCCAUGGUUCGCACAGCCAAGGAGCCCGCGAAAAAGUCCACCGUGUCGAAGGCCCAAGCCAAGGAGCCGCAGGAGGCUGAGACUGCUCCGCGGACGGAUGAGAUUGCGGCGCCAAAGGCGGAUGCGGAGGAAAUCAACGACUUCGCUUCGCGCGCGGACCGCUGCCCAGUUUAUCCAGGCGACGUGUCGCGCCUCGUCGUCGCGCCGCGCCGCAUCGACGCCGCGGCGCUCGUCUAUGACGAGGGCGCAUCUUCGUGGGACGGCGGCCAUAGCAGGGACUGCGAAAGCCACAUCGCGGUGACCACCGCUGGUAUCGUCAUGGAUAAUGCGGGGCAGCGCUCGAUCGCCGAGCACGUCGCGCAGCUCCGCGAGGCGAACAAGCGACAGAGAUAUGGAGUGCCUGGAUGUUACAGCGACACGGGCACCGAGGCGCAGGGCGCGAUGCGGUUUCUCGAGGAGCUCGUCAAGCGCCCGGAUGCCGAAGUCAUGCUCGGCGGGCGCGGGCGCUGGCAUAUCGGCAAGGACUCGACCGGCUCGCACCACGGGUUCGGCGCCGAGGAGGGAUACGUCUCCACCAAGGCUUCGUUGGCGUGGAUCGUCCACGACCUCAAGAACAGCGACUCGUUUUACCGCAGCGUGGACGCCGCCGAGCUUGUUCAAAGCCCUCACUACGGCGUCACGCGCGAGACGCUGCGCGCCGUUUUCUGCGACGACGCGUUUGCGGCCGACGGCAACCUCGUGAAGGCCCUCGCCGAGAAGCUGAAGACGUGGUCGAUCUACGUGACGCCGCCCGGAAUGGCCGCGUACAACGUAGACAACCCUUCGAGGACUGAACCCGGAUCCCACGGCCUGACGACGCAGUUCUUCCCCGGGCAGCAGUUCAACGGCGACCAGGUCGGCGAGGGCAGCAUCUUGGUCUGUCUCGAGCACGACGUGAGCGCGGCCCGGAGCGCGGCCGCGCUGAGCGGCCUCCCGAGCGAUCUCGUGGGGGAAGUUGCGCAAUUCACCGACCUACUCGCCUCGCCGGUCAAGUCCCUCGUCGUCCUCGCCGAGCGGAACGGCUUCUAUACGGUUCCGGACAGACCCGAACGAGAACAAGAUUCGGACGGCUACGAGUUGGAAGAUUACUGAUUCGAGUGCAUGUGACAUCAUGUGUAAGACUCUUUGUUACGAA